CUCUAAGUUUGAGGGUUUUUCUCUCUGAUCUUUUCUGUAUAGGAGGAAGAAGAAAUGGGUCACCAUUCAUGUUGUAACAAGCAGAAGGUGAAGAGAGGAUUGUGGUCACCCGAGGAAGAUGAGAAGCUCAUCAACUACAUUACAACAUAUGGCCAUGGAUGCUGGAGCUCAGUCCCUAAACUUGCAGGCCUUCAAAGAUGUGGAAAGAGUUGCAGAUUAAGAUGGAUAAAUUAUCUCAGACCUGAUUUAAAACGUGGGAGUUUCUCUCCACAGGAAGCAGCUCUCAUCAUUGAACUCCAUAGUAUUCUUGGCAACAGAUGGGCACAUAUAGCAAAGCAUUUACCGGGAAGAACAGAUAAUGAAGUGAAGAACUUUUGGAAUUCGAGUAUCAAGAAGAAGGUCAUCUCCCAUGAACAUGUUCCGAAUUUGGCCUCUUUUGCUGCUGAUGUUCAUAAUUCAAACCCUUUGGAGGAAGCGGCUGCUGGUUUCAUCUCUCUAAAUGGAAACCCACAACAAGACCAGCUCUAUCUUUCUUCCCCGACAGCUCCACUGCUACAAAGUUUAGUUCAUCACCAUUCGGAUUUCAGGCCGAACUCGAGUAGCUUUAACGUCGAUUUGGUUCACCAUCAUUUCCCUAUGCUCCCACCACUGCCACUGCCGCCACCUUCGAACUCACCUUCCUUCGACGCUUCAUGGACAAUGCUUUUUGCACCUCAACACGACCUCGACGAUCGGCAAAAUCAUGAUGAUGUUUUCUUUAGCGACAAGCUUAUGAAUCCAAACAACGGCUACGACGAAAACUCCUUAAUGGCUCCUUCUCCGAGAAUCCUCGAAGGUAACAUGAUCUGCAACAUCCCACAUACAUCGGUUUCGCUAGAGAACAACAUCGACCCACUCGUCUCGAGACUCUCCUCCUGUUUCCCGGUGCCUGGUUCCGUGGGUUCGAACUAUGCACAUGAGAUGCAGGUGGAGUACAAUAUCGAUAACAUCGUCACAUCUAUGCCUUCGUCUUCCUCCUCGUCAUCCUUAUCAGCCUUAUCCGGUGCCGGACAGUAUUUGACAAACCCUAAUCUUCCAUCGACCACCUGGGAGCCUUAGUCGUGGCAGAUCAUAUUCAUCACAGUCCUAUGGUAUUUUCUCUAUAAAAGCAAUCAUUUUCUUGAUAUAAUAUAUGUAUGCAUAAGAUAUAUACAAAUAAAUGUAUGUAAAGAAAAUCAAAACCUAAAUGUUACUAAUUCAGAUAUUCAAUGAGGAUAA